CCACUGCCUAUAAGAGAUAUAAAUUAUGUGCACUGAUGCACUUAUCUAGUUGACUUCUCCCCAACCACCUUAUAUAUUUCUAUUUCUCACAAACUGUAUGUAUUCACUUGAGCUAUGUUUUAUUAUAUAUAACUCAAUAAACACAUCAUUUAAAAAAGAGAGAGAGAGAUCAGGCUAGCCUGGGACGUGCACGUCAGGGCAGUCCACGAGUGGGGUUGGACUUCCGAUUUUCCAUAUGUCUGCUUUCUUUCUUCUUCAGUUCCAAAUUGCAGGCAUGGCUUCUAAACCCGUUGUGGACUCAAAGCAGACCGAAGCAGUGGUCAACGGCAUCCGGACAGAGGUGGUGUGCACGGCAUUUGCCGACACCCUCCUCGUGGUGGUGACCCAGUACGGAAAGAUGGGCACCCUCGUUUCGCUGGAACCCAACGUGGUGGCUGACGGUGUCACCAAACCGCUGUUCAUGACAAAAGUCCUCCUGGGCAAAGAUGAGCCUCUCGUCCACAUCUGUGCCAAACAUCUGGCGACGUCCGUUUCUCAGGAAGCUGGGAACAAGCCCGUUCUCCUCGCCAUGGCCUUGAAGGAGAAAAGCAUCGAAGGAAUCCGGACCUUGCAGGGGGUGAUUCAGAGGUGCCGGGUGUGGUGAGCGCAUGCUGCCGGCAUGGGAGGGAUACAUAAUGCCUGAGUCCUCUGUCUCUCUGGGAGGUAGACCUUGACCCUUCCAGCUGAGUCCUGUUUUGCCGUGCAUUAUGGGUGAAACUAAGAAUCUGGGUUUGACUUCACCGGGCGUGGUGGCCCAGGAGCCCUCCAGAUCCCAGCCUGCAUCCCAAAACAAAAAAGGAAGCGAGGCUAGAAAACCGAACGUUCAGCACGCUGUGGGGAAAACCCCGUUAUAACACACUGCGGAUAUCUUUUCCCCCCGCUGAAUUGAGUGCGCUUGGAGAUCCGCAAUCGAAAGAAGCGCUUCGGGUCGUGUUUGAAGAGAUGUGUCCGGUCUUCGGAAGAGGAUGUGCUUUUUGGUUAUUAAGGAAAAAAUGUUUUCUUGAAAUGUUCUAAGCUAACCUCAGCGUACUUCCAGUAUUCUGAGUGCCUAUGCAGUGGAGGAAUGUCUAUAAUAAAAAUAAAGUUGUCACUGCGUGUCCC